UCGAGGAAGAUGGCAAUCACGCGUUUUCAACUCUCGGUUUUGGAAGACAGAAGAGAAGCAAUUCCAGAGAGCUCUUAAAACCCUAGGUUUUGCUAUGUGCUCUCGAACCCUCCAUCUUCUCUCCUCUGCUGUCGUCUUUCUUGUUACCCGGGACGAUCUCCUACUUCUUCGUGUAGCUGUGAGUUAGAUUGAUUAGGAUAAGGAUUUGUCCUUUGUUUCCCGCCAUCGUACCGCUCAUCUCCUUCGCGGAAUCGUCACGGAAACGGCGGAUAUUGUUUUCUAGGGCUUAUUUCAUUCUCCUCGCUUCUGUUCUCGCUUCAUGGUUUUCUAGCUUGAUUUGUGCUUUUGUUUUCUGAUAAAAUGUCGAGUGUGACGCCGGAUCUACUGGAGCGGUGGGUCGGCGAUGGUUUAGCCGCGUCGGCGGCGGUGGAGGAGGAACAAGGGAUAGACCACUUUGAUCGGUUGCCGGAUUCGAUCCUUCUAGUUAUCUUCAACCAGAUCAGCGACGUGAAGGCGCUUGGCCGCUGCUAUGUCGUCUCCCGACGCUUCCACUCGCUGAUACCCCUUGUCGACACCGUUUCUGUCCGCAUCGACUGCGUUAUCUCCGACGAUCUUUCUACGUUGUCUGCUUCAUCUUGUUCUUCAGCUGCAGCAGAGAAGACCCGCAGCAUCCUUUCCCACUUCGCACGCGUUGUUCUUGGUGGCAUUGUGCGCCCCAUCUACGCCCUCGGUCAGAUCCUCUCCUCUUCAUCAUCCAAGCGCCUUUCCUAUGCCGAAUCUUCCUUUUCUGAAGUUUCCCACUACUCGCCAUCCGAGGUUCUGAAGAACUUUAAAGAGAUUCGACGCCUCCGGAUUGAACUCCCUGCGGGCGAGCUGGGAGUCAAUGAUGGGGUACUUCUCAAGUGGAAGGCUAGCUUCGGAUCUACCAUCAACAGCUGCGUUAUUCUUGGCGCCUCCUCUGUGCUUUCCUCGUCAUCCACGUCCCCUCCCACACAAUUAGGGAGCCGUAGCCCCUCUUCUGAUCUCUGUGGUGGAGAAGACAACGCUAGCAUCCCUGAAUCUUUUUACACCAAUGGAGGCCUCAAGCUUAGAGUGGUGUGGACUAUCAGCUCCCUGAUUGCUGCCAGUGCCCGUCACUACCUGCUCCAGCCCAUUGUCAGGGAUCAUAAGACAUUGGAGUUUUUGGAUCUCACCGAUGCAGAUGGCCAAGGGGUGCUGAGCAUGAAUAGACGGCAGCUGCAGGAGCUAACAAUGAACCCGGUUUCUGCUUCAGGUUCAUCGCAGAGGACCUUAAUGCCUGCACUUAGCAUGAGGCUAUGGUAUGAGCCACAGCUCGAGAUUCCUUGUGGGAUGAUGCUUAAGGGGGCUACAUUGGUUGUGAUACAGCCCAGUGAAGAGAAGUCCAGAGAAAUGGUGGCUGGUGGAAGUUGCAAUAGUGAUGUGUUGUCUGAUUUAUCUUGGGUUUUGAAUGCAUUUCAGGAACCAUACUGUAGUGCGGCAAGGUUGUUGAUGGAAAAGAGGCCAUAUUGUCUUGAGAUGAAUUCCUUCUAAAAUGCUAUCAAGGAUCCAUGAGAAGCACCUUGGAGGUAAUCGAUUUUCUUGACAACUGAACUGUAAAAUCAAUUGAAGAUUCAUAAAAAGGGCAAUAUUGUUGUUAAUUAAAUUUAAGAAGCCGCAUGCAGAGUUUUGUUUCUAAGCUACUUUAUUUACUUUGUACUGUUAGUGUGUGAUAGUUCUUCUGACAAGUAAAUGGAAAAUCAUGAACAAGUAUCUAGGAAAGGUGCAGCUCACCACGACCUUUUCGGUGCAGUUCGUGUUAGGGUGUUAAGCACUAACUAGUGUACCUACUGCACAUAGGGACGGGGUAGGCCAUCUGUGGGCAGACCAGUCUUUGUGCCAGAACUAUGUUUAUUUGAAGAGAAACGCAGUAUGAAAUCUGUUUGCUUCAUCAUUUAUCUGGUCUACCUUUCACAGCUUAGUUCUGUAAAUUGUUUCUUUUUUCUUCAUGUGCUAAAGUUAUAGGGUAUGAA